UAUUAUUAUUUUAUUGUUUCCCUUCAAUGUGACUUUACCGAAAGAGCUAAGAAUAUGGCGACUUUUAUUCAAACAAAACCCCAUAACACUGGCCUGGACCUGAAAAUACAAAAUAAAACAUCUCAUGCACUGGACCUUCAGAGCAGGAUUAAAUAUGAAAGACAAGAUUCCACUGUAGUUAUAAAGUACAUUUCGUGAUGAUAAUGAUUUAUGCAGAAGCGCUUUUAAGAAUUUAGUUUAAAGAUAGACAAAUUGGGAUAUAUGGUCACUUUAUGAAAAAUAAAAUUUGGAGUGACCAAAUUUGCCCAGAGAUGAACCCACGCGUCCGAGCGGCUGACACUCAAAUACCGCACGGAUAGGUCUUCAACAACCUACCUGCUGCACUGCCUCGUACAUGAACCUUAUUGCCAUGCAGCUGAGCGUCUCGCAUGGCAUCACACUGGUCCCAUCUCUGCACGGUUUAUCACCCCCCCCUCCACCUUCAAGUCACUCCGAGAUUGCAAGCUUUAUCAUAUCACCACUGCACCCAUGGUGAGUCGUAAAAAAUCCAUUUGCUUUCUAUGCCUCCUCGGAGGCAGUGGCACGUGUCUACACGUCGAGUGCACGUGCACUGUGUGUGUGUGUGCACUGUGUGUGUGCACGUGCACUGUGUGUGUGUGUGCACGUGCGCUGUGUGUGUGUGUGCACUGUGUGUGUGUGUGCACGCACAGUGGAUGAGCAGUGGCGUAGCUGUUCACGCGCCGCGUUACAAAUCUGGCCACCUGAGUUUUAUUCCCACUCCUGGCCGGCAUCGCUGGCGAAUAACUUAAUCGGUCCUGCACCUCCCCUAGGUCGAUUCUGCCUUAAAUGAACAUCCGCUGUGGGGUGGGUAAACAUCAGCACGCGAGAGACGUGUGUUGUACCGGCCACGCCGCCGUGCCGGCGUUCGUAGGUUCUCGCUAACAGGCAAUUGCUCCCAAGAGCCUGCGUGAGUCAACACAGGGUGGUGGGUGGGCAGCGUUGGCCGGGGAUCUUCACCUCUGCGCGUUGUGCGUGGGUCGGCGCCCGUUGUCUGCAGACUGCCCGUGCAACGCGCAGCAGCCGCAGCCAUGCCUGCGGCUGAUGCGCAAGUUCGGCAGCUGCUUCUCCGGCGGCGUCUCUCGCGGGCUGGACGGCCUCCUGGCUGUGCGCACCAUGCUGUCUGGCGGCACCGCCUCGGCCGACCCCUCCCUGCUGGGCCAAAGCAGCCGCCUGUGCAACGACAAGGAUGGACUGGCUGAAUUAUUGGCGCUGUUCCGUACUUCGCCACCAUCUGCCGACAUACCGUGUCUCGACAAAGACAUCUGCGCCCAGGAAUGUGGUUCUUGUGGCAAGAGUCCAUGCUCAUGCGACAAUGCAUGUAACACACCGUGUGACACCGCAUGCGGCAACUGCUGCGGUGGCUCGUGCAGCGGUUCCUGCUGCAAUUCGUGUGACCCGUCCAGCGGCACGCCGUGUGACACCGCAUGCGGCAACUGCUGCGGUGGCUCUUGCAGCGGUUCUUGUUGCAAGCCAUGUGACCCAUCCAGUGGCACGCCGUGUGACACCGCAUGCGACACCGCAUGCGGCAACUGCUGCGGUGGCUCUUGCAGCGGUUCCUGCUGCAAUCCCUGUGGCACGCCCUGUGGCACGCCGUGUGACACCGCAAGUGGCAACUGCUGCGGUGGCUCGUGCAGCGGUUCCUGCUGCAAUCCGUGUGAUACGUCCAGUGGCACGCCGUGUGACAUCGCAUGCGGCAACUGCUGCGGUGGCUCGUGCAGCGGUUCCUGCUGCAAUCCGUGUGGCACGUCCAGUGGCACGCCGUGUGACACCGCAUGCGACACCGCAAGUGGCAACUGCUGCGGUGGCUCGUGCAGCGGUUCCUGCUGCAAUCCGUGUGACCCAUCCAGUGGCACGCCGUGUGACACCGCAUGCGACACCGCAAGUGGCAACUGCUGCGGUGGCUCGUGCAGCGGUUCCUGUUGCAAUCCGUGUGACCCGUCCAGUGGCACACCAUGUGAAACCGCAUGUGACACCGCAUGCGGAAACUGCUGCGGUGGCUCGUGCAGCGGUUCCUGCUGCAAUCCGUGUGGCACGCCCUGCGACACCACCGGUGAGACGCCCUGCGACUCCUCCGCAUGCAGCAACUGCUGCAGUGGCCCAUGCGGGCCUUGCGGUUGCAAAAGUGGCGGUGGCUGCACCGGCGCUUGCUGUGAAGGUGGAACUUGCAACUGCCAAGGGGGGACCUGCAGCUGCGGUGGAGGGAGCUGUGGAAGCACAGGGUGUUGCUGUGGAGGGACCGGCAGUCCGUGCAGUGGUGAUGGCAGCAGCCCUUGCCCCUGCAGCUGUUCCUCAGACUGCUGUGGCGGGGCCUCCCCGUGCUGUGGAUCUGAAGGCUGCGGUGCUACCUCGGCUCCUGCUGAUUCCCAGCCUACAGUGGUGGCCGUGUAAAGUGAUGGGGUGGAGCCUCGGUCCCAGAGGGUUUUAGAUUUGUAGAAGCCCCAACCUUAAUUGGUUGCCUCAGGUAUUGCAAUAAAAUUACGUAGAACAAGCAAC